GUGACGUAACAUCAGUCACAAGUCACGGUGUCUUGGUCCUCUCUCGACUAAUAACCACCUCAGAGGCUCCUGGAUAAUAAAUAAAUAGCAGUAAAAGUGAAAUAUGCGGAAUGUUAUUGUUAUUGUGGAGUUGUGUUGUUUUUACGCCUUUGUCACCGCCGAUAUGACCUCAGCGCCGAUCACGGUAAAAUUUAACGAUAGUGCCUCUGAAGCAGUGACCUUGGAUCAAGGUGCCUCUCAAGCGAUGACCUCGGAUCAAGGUGCCUCUGAAGCAGUGACCUCGGGUCAAGGUGCCUCUGAAGCAGUGACCUCGGGUCAAGGUGCCUCUGAAGCAAUGACCUCGGGUCAAGGUGCCUCCAAAGCGGUGACCUCGGGUCAAGGUGCCUCUCAAGUGGUCAUCUUGGAUCUAAAAGCGUAUCAGGCGGUGACCACAGGUCAAAAUGCCUCUCAAGAGUUGACCUCUGCUCAAAAUGCGUCUCAAACAACAGACUUUGGUACCUCCGCAGAACCAGAACCAGAACCCACAGUUGUUAAUGGCGCCGCACUUGUCGAAGUAAAAGAAUUGCUGCUGAUUACUGGCUUUCUUGCAGCUAUAUUUUAGUUUUACCUAUCGUUUUUUUGCUAUGGAGUGACGACUAAUUGCUGACGUCACUACACGAAUAUGAAGUUAUUCCGUUGUCCUCACGAUUUUUCAAGCUGUUUGCUGAAAUUUCGAAACUAAACAUUCGUGAAGUCAGAAUGUUGAUAUGUUUAUUUGAAGAAGAGAAGAAAAAAAACUUCAUCGAUUAUUUUUACCCAUGAUCUUAAUUUUAUUGUAUUUUUUUUAGAAAUAUUGCUUAAUAUUUAUAUAAGGGUACCGUUUUAAGUUAUAAUAUGAACACAGUGACAAACUUGU